AUGAUUUCGCAGCAGAACCUUUCCACACCUUCUCGCCCGUUCCACCUGCCGCCGCUGUCGUUGCCGGUCCAGCCGCUCGCCGAACCCAUCCUCCUGGGCUCUGACGACGAAGGCGAGAUCGACGACCCUCUGCGCAAGGACCAGCUCCGCCGGAUCUCGCACUCGGCCAUCGAGAAGCGACGCCGUGAAAAGAUCAAGGACAAGAUCGGGGUUCUGCGGAGUAUUGUGCCCAUCUGCUCCAAGCAGCACACUGUGAACAAGCUGUCGAUCCUCGAACACACCAUCACCUACAUCCACUAUCUCAAGGACCUGGUCGUCUCCUACAGCGAGGAGAAUGCUGAGCUUCGCCAGAUGUUGGACGGCCAGUCCUAUGCGGCUCCAGAUCAGGCAGCACUUCCGCCGGCCGCUCUUCCACAGCCCGCAUAUUCAUCAGCAUCUGGAGAGCACCAGCCUCGCCACCAGCAACCACAGCGCCAUACCAACACCAACAUCAACAGCGGUCGGUGCAGAACCACCAUCACCAACAGCUCAGCCAGAGACGAUACUCCUCGGCGUCCGCUGGCUACCUCGCUGGCUCGAUAG